AUGAGAAGUGGAAACAGAUUGUUUACUGUCUUAAAUGAGCAAUAGCAAGUAAAUGAAAAAGAGAGAAGGCAACUGAUUAAAGAAAACAAGGAAAUAACUAAUCAUUUUGAAUCUGGUCCAAACAUAUUCAACCAAUAUUUCAAAGACCAAUAAUUUAAUGCGAAAAAAGAGACUAUGAAGGAAAAGCAUAUUUUAGAUUUUUUCAAACAAAAAAUAAAUGUGAUUAAUAGAUAUCUUCAUCAAAACGAAGACCUGAAUGAUGGCAGAAGAAUGACCAAGGAUGAGUUUGAGUUUCAAAUGAAUAUCAUCAAGGAGGAAUAAAACAAGGAGAUUUGGCUUCGAAAUCAAUAAGUUACACCUAAAAUGUACUAUCUCAGCGAUUCUGAUUAUAAAGAUGAAAAAUCAAACUUACAUGGCAACAAUGCUCAUAACAAUGUCUUAGAUGAAAAGAUUAAGCGCACCAUGGAUGAAAGAGACAACAAAAUCAAAUCAAUUGAAGAAGAUAUUAAUUACAAAUUGAAUGCCAUAGAGAAUUACCAACUAGGUUAGCAGAUGUAGUAAUAGGAAUAUCUAAAUAAAUAAUUAAAAGAAACAGAUUUAAAAGGCCUCAGAUAGCAAGUAUUUGUCAACCCUAGAUAAACCAAGCUUAGGAAAAAUAUAGAAAUGCUUAUGGGUGAAUUAAAAAACAUUAAAGCCAUAGACCCAGACCUAAAGAUAUUCAAUUCAAUCUAUCGUAAGAGAUAAUCUACAUAUGAGAUUAAAGGACAAUCUAAGAAUCAAUUAAGUUCUAAAGGUAAAACAGAAUUAAAUGAAAUCGAUAUCCUAAUGGAGAUUCUUUCUGCAGCAGAUCUUAGAACUAUAAAUCAAGAUUAAGAAUAUGAGUAAGAAGAUAACAAUGAAGUAUUGAGUGAUCUAUAAACUGUAAGAAUAGAAGAAAAUCCUCUCUCAGACAGAGCAAUAACUCAUCAAGAGCCAAAGAGAUAGUUAAUGCCUUAUAUCAAUAACAUUGAGAAAAUAAGUAGAAUACAAACAGCUUAAAAUUAGUAAAAAAACUUAGAAAAAUACAAUCAGAGUUAACUUACUUUAAAGAGAGCUGCAGCAAGUUAACCGUCACUCUUAGGUUUUGGGAAAAACAAGUUCACUGAAAACUAACUUAUAGAUAUACAGGAAAAAGUUCAACUUUCCCCACUAUAAUUAGAUAGAUUAACUAAAAUAGACAAAGUUUUGAGGAAAACUUGCUCUACUUAAAUGAAAUAUGACUUUGCUCCAGGAACUUCGCUAAUUGGAGGCAAAGACUAUCAAGGUCGAGUAAGGAAUAUUUUUCUUGAAUAGAGAAGGAAACUUGAGACAUAGGUCUAAAAAGUUGAUGAUGAGAUUUAGCAAAUGGAUCAGACUAAAAUAAAAGCCAAAAAUUUUGAGUAUUACUCAAUAAAAGAUAUAAUGAGUGAUCAAUGGGUGUAGCAAUUGACAAAUCAAAAGCAGCAAAGGAAUCUAAAAAUUAAAGAUUAGCAACCACUAAAUAAUUUAAAUCCAAUAGACUUUAUUAAAGAACACAAUGAUGAGGUAAAGAAUCCAGAUAGCUCUAUGAAAUCCCUUAAGAGUAAAAGUCAUCGUAAUAUUUAAGAUAAAUUAAGCAUUGGUAACAAAAAGUAAAUUGAGGACAGCCCUGGAGAUCAAAACCCUUUUGAAAAACAUUAAAAAGCAAAGUUAUAAAAAAAUUAAAGUUAAUAGCAAUUAAAGUCUAUUAAUAACUCAACCUUUGAAUAAUAAUUCAAGACAUAAAGAAAGCCGAUUCAGAUACUAAACAUAGAUAGCUUGAAAAAAGAUAUAGGAUUAUUCAAUAAAGAGAUCUAGGACUUUAAUAAAACUAUUUUCAGAAAUCAGAUGCAUAACUCCAAUACAUCAACUUAGGCAGGUGUGGGGCAAUUUUAAUCCUAGGAUAAUUAUAAAAGUCAGGGAGCAAUUCCUAUGUUAAAUCCUAAUCAUUCAACUUUUGAUAAUUAGUCCUAUACAAAGCUAAAUAUUAUGUCACCUUAACAAGAAGCAUAAGAGAAAAAGCUAGAAAGUUUGAGACCUUUGAAAAAGAUAAGGAAGGUUAUUCAAUAUACAACUAAAGGAGUUGAACUAUGA